AUGAUGCACGAGGUCGAGAAUGUUCCCGAUGGUCCCGAACGUCCUUCUUUCGUUCAGCCGAGCGAGAUGCCCGGCGCCCACGAUGGGCAGAGUGAUCACGCCGACGAUGUGAAUUGGGAGACCGAGAACGGUCUCGACGGCCGCGGCGAUCGUCGGCACUACGGGAACGGUCGUGGCGCCGAUGGGAAUGGUGUGAGCUCUGCUGAGUCUGCUGAGAUGGCUCGGCAGGCCGGUCGUUCGGAGCCGGAGCAGCUACGGCUGCCUCUGCAGCCGUCGAUGCUGGAGGAGGGGGGGUCGACCGCAAGUGGUGGUGAUGCUUGCGGUCUCGAUCGCGGUCGCGGUCACGUUCCCUGUCCCGGUCACGUUCCCGAUCCCUGUCUCGAUCCCGGUCUCUGUCGCGGUCUCUGUCGCGGUCUCUGCCUCUAUCUCGAUCUCGACCUCGCUCGUGCUCACGUUCUCGUUCUCGUUCCCGGUCUCGAGCCCGCUCGCGGUCGCGGUCGCGAUCACGCUCUCGUUCACGAUCUCUGUCUCGAUCGCGGCCCCGGCCCCGAUCUCGCUCUCUCUCUCUGUCCCUGUCCCGGUCUCGCUCCUUGUCUCUGUCUCUAUCUCUCUCCCGGUCGCGGUCCUUUUCGCGGUCUCUCUCACGGUCCCUUUCCCUGUCUCUGUCCCGGUCUCUGUCUCUAUUUCUAUCUCUGUCACGGUCCCGGUCACGAUCUCUGUCCCUGUCUCGUUCUCUGUCUCUAUCUCGAUCUCGUUCUCGCUCUCUGUCUCGCUCACGGUCAGCCCUGUCUCGCGCACGAUCUCGAUCUCGCUCUCGGUGGGCGUCGGGAGAUCGAUUCACGGCAACAGCAGGAGCAGCAGGCGAGGGGGAUCUAUGUAAAGUAG